UAUUAGUGUCUUGCUAUUAGUGUCUUGCUAUUAGUGUCAUUUGAAAGGAUAGUAUAAUCGUAUACUGAUGAAAGAGAUAUUGAAUCAAAAGUCAAUUACUGAUAUAGAGCGGGAAAUUUCUGUUUGUAAGGUACUCUUUAGAUAUCAUUAGAAUCGGUAUAAUCAAUGUUCUCUUCUUGGUUACAAUCCGUGGGCGUUUCGUUUUUAUAGUUUUGAAGGAGUUCUUCUAAACAAAGACGUCUAUUUUCCUUGCUAAUAAUGGCAUCCCUUUUUUCAAACUCCUCCAGCUCGGUAAUUGCUCGUUUCAUACAGCUACUUUCUUUGUGUCGCGUAGAUUGUGAAAGCGUGCGGCUUAAUUGAAGCUUAAAUAAAUCGACAUCAAAGUAGGAAUAUCUUGUCUCACUUUUUCGGAUGUCGCUUCGAUGCCUUUGACUUUCAUCAAAAGUCAGCUCUGGCUUCGAAUGUAUCUGGGAAGCCUCAUAUACCUCUCUCGAUUGAAAAUCGGGAUGCAUAUUAAAUGGAAGCAAUCUAUCCUCUUGAAAGAACUCAGAAAAUUCUGGGCAAUUUUCCUGACUUCCAUUAGGAAACUCGGCUCCUUCCAUUUCUCAAAUAUGACUAUAAAGCUUUUUUGUGCAAGAGCGACGGUUAUAGGAACCUAAGAAUAUCUUUCCAGCUCUAGUUUUACCCUUUCAAUUUCGUUUUCAAGUCUUUGUAUUUCAGAAUUUUCACGCUGUAAUAUGUUUUCUCUCGCAGAAACUUGAUCCUUCUGUCUUUGUUCAAACAAAUGUAAUCUUUCCUUUUGUUCUAUUAGUACUCUUUCCAGAUUUUCCAAAGAGGUCAUAUGUGUAUUGUACUUCUCAACUAAGGCUUCCAAAUAUUCUCGUCCGCCUUGCAUAGGGUAAAUAUCCAACAAUUCUUCAAUGCAAGCAACGUGAUCUGCAGGACUCUCCGAGUUGAAUUUUUCCUCGAUUCCUUUUGGUAAAGAUGUCGCUUCAGCGGUGAUUAAUUCUUCUUUCUCAGCGUCUCGAAUUAAAUCUGUAAUUGAAUUCACAUGAAGCAGAGCAUCAGUAAAUCUCGUAGCCGGUUUCUGCUCAGGUUCAAUAAGUCUUUCAGAAGAAACACUUAUAGAAUUCAAAUGCUUUAAAAAUUCUGCCAUUCCUUUUCCUCUAAUACGAACAAUAGAUUUAAUUCUUCUACUAAAGAUAAAAGAAUAAUAUAUGAUAAUUUUUUUUUACCUCAAAGAGAGCUUAGAAUGUCAGUAAAUGCAUGGAUCGUAAACCGUCUUCGGAUUUCGACGAUUCUGUUGACCAAAAAUCUAGAUCGUACUUAAAAUUAUCCGAACUUCCUUUCUGAUCAAUAUAACGGCUUACUAAUCGAGGUUUCUUACUGAAUAGGUCUCCUAACGUAAGCACGAAGUGGUCUAUGAACCAGGACUACUACCACUUGUCGAUUGCUUCCUUGAUUACUAUAUCCAGAAGCAAGCUUCUGGAAGUAGACCAAACAGCUUACAUCUUGAAUUUUUUGAAUAUAAUAUCUGUUCACGGACUUGCCUUUUAUUUUUCACUUUGCGACAAUACUUUCGUUACACCGAAUUCACAUAAAAUUGGUCAGACUGAAUUGAAUUUUUCAAAACAUUAAGAAAGACAAAAAAGGAAAGCUAGUCUAUUUUUGAGUCAUUGUUCAUACCUUUCAAGUUCAUUUGAUUGUUUUUGAUUGUAAGAAUUGUCCAGGAAAGGAUAUAAAGUUUGCGAAACGGAAUUAAAUUGUUCUUAUUUAUUACCCUUUAGAAAAAUCACUCUGGCCUUUCAAAGAUGCUGUGCGCAGCUAUCUCAAGGCAAAUAUCACGAUCUAUUAAUGAACUUCCCAUACGUUAUGUAUACAAAGGGCCCCUCUCUGUAAACCAAAUAUUAGCUCCGAAUAAAUGCUCUAUUUUGGGCAAUUCUACAUCUUUGAAGUUUUCCACUGUUUCUUACCUUAGAAAGACACCCAACCCUACGGGGUCUUUAAAAGCAGAAAAGCAACCUUUUGAUGCAGCCAAAAAAAAUGAGAAAGUUCAUACUGGUGUGUCAACUGCAAAUUCUGCUAAUUCAGAAGUUAAGAAGAAAGACACCUACGUAACGAGCUGGAUGAUAGUUAAAGAUAUGAUUCAAUAUGUUUGGCCCAAAGGUAAGCUCAAUCUAAAAGUGCGAGUAGUCUCAGCUUUGGUACUUCUCGUUGCUGCAAAAAUAUUUAAUGUCCAAGUCCCGUUUUACUUCAAGACUAUUAUCGACACCAUGAAUACAGCAGUCGUUCAAGAAGUGGGUGCCCUUUGGUCCACCGUAGGUGCUGUGAUUGUAGGCUAUGGCCUAGCUAGGGUGUUUUCUACCGUAUUUCAAGAAUUACGGAAUAGCGUCUUUGCUUCUGUAUCUCAAAGUGCCAUUAAAAACGUUUCCAGUAAUGUUUAUCAACACUUGCUAAAUUUGGAUAUGAAUUUUCAUUUAUCGAAGCAAACUGGAAGUCUAACUCGUGCUAUGGAUCGAGGGACUAAGGGAAUUAGCUUCGUCUUAUCUUCACUCGUGCUACAUAUUAUCCCCAUUACUCUGGAAAUUGGCAUGGUCAGUUCUAUUUUAACUUACAAAUAUGGUGUUUCUUUUGCUGGUAUUGCAGCAGCUACAGUUGCAUUGUAUUCUUUGUUUACGGUGAAGACGACAUCUUGGAGAACAACUUUUCGGCGUCAAGCAAAUGCAGCUGAUAACAAGGCUUCUGCUGUUGCCAUUGAGUCCCUCAUAAAUUAUGAAGCUGUCAAGACAUUCAACAAUGAGCCGUACGAAUUGAACCGAUAUUCCAAACAUCUUUCCGCAUUUGAAAAGGCAAAUAUUCGUGUUGCUUCAUCCUUAGCCUUUUUGAAUAGUGGACAGGCAAUCAUAUUCUCGACUGCUCUUACUCUUAUGAUGUGGAUGGGAUGUCGAGGAAUCGUUUCAUCAAACUUAAGCGUUGGUGAUUUAGUUAUGAUUAAUCAGUUAGUUUUUCAGCUUUCAAUCCCCCUGAACUUUUUAGGAUCGGUUUACCGUGAAAUGCGUCAAGCAUUCACAGACAUGGAGCAUUUGUUUUCUUUAAAACAGAUAAAUAUACAGGUUAAAGACGCCCCAGAUGCCAGAAACUUGGUAAUGAAGGGAGGUUCUAUACAGUUCGAUAAUGUUUCAUUUGCAUAUAAUCCCAACCGCCCAAUCUUAAAAAAUUGUUCUUUCACUAUUCCAGCUGGCAAUAAAGUUGCGUUCGUAGGACCCAGUGGAUGCGGAAAGUCUACACUAUUAAGACUACUAUUUCGGUUUUAUGAUGCCAAUUCCGGCAAAAUUAUGAUUGAUGGGCAACCAUUAACUUUAAUGACAUUAAAGUCCUUAAGAGACGCAAUUGGGGUAGUUCCACAAGAUACUCCUUUAUUUAACGAUACUAUUUUGUACAAUAUAGGUUACGGAAAUCCAAAAGCUUCAAAAGAAGAAAUUAUUCAAGCAGCGAAGCAAGCUCAGAUUCAUCACAUUAUAGAAACCUUUCCAGACGGGUACGACACAAAAGUAGGUGAGCGAGGACUAAUGAUAUCUGGAGGAGAAAAGCAGCGGUUAGCUGUCUCUCGAUUAUUAUUAAAAAACCCAGACAUUCUAUUUUUUGAUGAAGCUACCUCUGCUCUUGAUACCUCAACUGAGAGAGAACUCCUUCAUAAUGUGAAUUCCCUUAUUCAGAAGUCAAAGAAAACAAGUAUCUUUAUAGCUCAUCGAUUGAGGACUAUACGAAAUUGCGAUAUCAUAUAUGUACUUAAAGACGGACAAGUGGUUGAACAAGGAACCCAUGAAGAACUAAUAAGAUUAAAUGGGAUUUAUGCUUCUAUGUGGCAUUCACAGGAGAGCAUAGAGGAUGAUGGCAAAGAUAUUAAGAAGGAAUAGACUGUCUCUUGUUCAUUAGAACCACUUUCACAUAAUGUACGAUUUUCUUUCUUAAGUACUGGAUUUCUCCACUAUGUUUCAUUGUCAAUUUGUAAUUUGUACCAAUAUCUAUGUAUGAGGUUGACUUUAAAAACCAGAAUUUGACCUUUUAUAAUAAAAUCUUUUUCUCUUAAUUCUAGUAAAAUUAAUGUCUU